UCGAACGCCUGAAAAAGGCUCUCUCUGUCUGUGUCUUCAAUUAGCAAUCGGUACCUCAUAAGUCUUAAAGAAGAAAAAAAAAAAAAAAAACACCAAUCGGGAAUCCAUCUCAGCCAUUCAUGUCGACGGCGGAGAUGGAGCAGCUGACCUCCGGGGCGAGCAACCGAAUAAUCCCGGUCCUCAAGGCGCUGAGGACGUCCCUCAUAUUCGUCUACACGCUGCUCCUCUCUCUCACGCUCUUCCUCCUGCCGCGCCGCCGCCGGCGGCUCUCGCCUUCUAUGGACGAGCCGCCUCAGACGUCCAAGUGGUCUAAGCGGAGAAGGGAGGAGGAGGACACCGUGAGAAGGAGGGCCUUGGCAGAGAGCCUCGACAUGGGCUUCGAGACCGGCGACGGGGACUGCCGGUGCCGAUGGUCCACGUUCCUGUUUUUCGGGGCGCGUGGGAAUGCCCUCUUCUGCCGGUCGUGGGUUCCGGUGUCCGCUGAAUGGAAGGGCAUUUUGAUUAUCAUACACGGGCUUAAUGAGCACAGUGGGAGAUAUGCUCAUUUUGCGAGGCAACUAACAUCAUGCAAGUUUGGAGUCUAUGCGAUGGACUGGAUAGGUCAUGGAGGGAGCGAUGGAUUGCAUGGAUAUGUUCCUUCACUUGACCAUGUUGUUGCAGACACGGGGGCUUUCCUAGAAAAAAUUAAAUCAGAGAACCCUGGAAUACCGUGCUUCCUCUUUGGUCAUUCUACUGGAGGUUCUGUGGUUUUGAAGGUGGCUUCGUACCCUUACAUUGAAGGCAUGUUGGAGGGAAUUGUCUUGACGUCACCAGCUUUGCGUGUGAAGCCAGCUCAUCCAAUUGUUGGGGCUAUGGCUCCUAUUUUUUCUCUGGUUGCUCCAAGGUUCCAGUUUAAAGGAGCGAAUAAAAGGGGCAUUCCAGUUUCCAGGGAUCCUGCCGCACUGUUGGCAAAGUAUUCUGAUCCUUUAGUAUAUACGGGACCCAUAAGGGUGAGAACAGGCCACGAGAUAUUGCGCAUUUCUUCUUAUUUGAUGAGGAGCUUUAGGUCAGUGAGUGUCCCAUUCUUUGUUCUCCAUGGAACUGCUGAUAAAGUGACAGAUCCGCUAGCCUCCCAGGAUCUGUACAAGGAGGCAGCUUCCAAGUUUAAAAACAUAAAGCUUUAUGAUGGCUUCUUGCAUGACCUUCUCUUUGAGCCUGAACGAGAAGAGAUUGCAAGGGAUAUAAUUAACUGGAUGGAGAAGAGAGUAAGUGCUGGCAUUGGAAAUGUUCAUAAUAUCUGCUAAAACAUCUGUCCAGAAAGAGGAGAAAACAGAGUUGUAUCUACAUAUAUAUAUAUAUUUAUGUAUUUGUUGGCAUCACAGUGGAACUUGUUUCAAUACAUAGGAUCAACUUUUUAUGGUGAUUCAUUCUAUAUGAAAAACUUUUAUAGUUUUUAUGCA